AUGAAAAAAUAUAGUAAUGACUGGUCCCAUGGUGACAAACACUAUGGAAGAUCUGGCUAUUCUUCUCGGGAGUCACAAACAAGCUACAGAUCCCAAAAGAACGGGACACGUGAGGAGGUAGUGACCCCUCCCCUGACGGAGCAAACCAUUUCAAGCUCCCCAAUGGCCAUGGCUAUGGAUUUUAAAACUUAUGUGGAUCAGGCGUGUAGAGCUGCUGAGGAAUUUGCCAGUAUUUACUAUGAGACAAUGGACAAAAGAAGACAUGCAAUUACCAGGCUGUACUUGGACAAGGCCACUCUCAUCUGGAAUGGAAAUGUUGUUACAGGGCUGGAAGCCCUUACUAAAUUUUUUGAGAUGUUGCCUUCCAGUGAGUUCCAGAUCAACAUGUUGGACUGCCAACCAGUUCAUGAGCAAGCUACCCAGUCCCAGACUACAGUUCUUGUUGUGACCAGUGGAGCUGUGAAGUUUGAUGGAAAUAAACAACACUUCUUCAACCAGAACUUCCUGCUGACUGCCCAUAGCACUCCUACCAGCACUGUGUGGAAGAUUGCAAGUGAUUGCUUCCGCUUUCAAGAUUGGGCUAAUAUUUAAAGGAGCAAAAGCCCAUUCAAUAGGUCCAUUAGUUCCAGCAAGAGAAGUUUAGUGUGAAUUUAAUUUAGUUCAUUGUAAAAGUACUAUAAA